UCUUGCACAGGCGUACCAGCUCCUCCCAUUCAAUCUUGCACAGGUGUAUCAGCUCCUCCCCUUCAGUCUUGCACAAGCGUACUGGCUCCUCCCCUUCAGUCUUGCACAGGUGUACUGGCUCUUCCCCUUCAGUCUUGCACAGGUGUACCGGCUCCUCCCCUUCACUCUUACACAGGUGUACCGUCUCCUCCCCUUCGGUCUUGCACAGGUGUUUUGGCUCCUCCCCUUCAAUUUUGCACUGGUGCCUCGGCUCCUCCCCUUCAGUCUUGCACAGGUGUACUGGCUCCUCCCCUUCAGUCUUGCACAGGUGUACGAGCUCCUCCCCUUCAGUCUUGCACAGGUGUACCGGCUCCUCCCCUUCAGUCUUGCACAGGUGUACGGCUCCUCCCCUUCAGUCUUGCACAGGUGUACUGGCUCCUUUCUUUCAGUCUUGCACAGGUGUACUGGCUCCUUUCUUUCAGUCUUGCACAGGUGUACUGGCUCCUUUCUUUCAGUCUUGCACAGGUGUACUGGCUCCUCCCCUUCAGCCUGACUGUCCCUGACCCCGCCCCU